CAACAACUAAGUAGGAAUUAAACGAGGGUACUAUGCAGGCGCAAUGCAGUUGAAGUGCUGCAGAUAAAAUUCCUUUUAGGCAGCAAGACUAGCAAUGAAUAUCUGCUUGUAUCAAAGUGGAUCUAAUACUGUUUUUCGAAGCCAUAUUAUAAGCAACGUGAUGGUCAAGUCAAUGUAUGGGUAGGCUUUCUGUAUCACGCGCUCACCACCACUUGGAAAACUCAAAAUUUCCUCAGCUUGUGCCUUAUUGAAACUUGUUCACUUCUGCCAUGUCGACCAGCGUUUCCAAAUCUGUAUGGGAAGGUCGAAUUCCAUUGGCUUUCUCGAUAGAUGGAUCGGAGGCACAGCAUUUCGGAGCCGAGCACACACCAAGUUCCAUAUUUAUAGAAGUACCCCGGACAUCUUAUUUAAUCUUGCUUACAGAGGAGAUUCGAGAUUUGUAUAGAGCAACUGGCUUAACACUUCCAGAUUCAACGGCGGAGAUAUGGUUUGAGUACCAGGGCAAACCUCUUAAAUGGCACUACCCUUUAGGUCUUUUGUAUGAUAUAUUAUGUAUAAGCGAGCCGUCAUAUCUGCAAAUGGAAGAUACAAAAUCAAUACCUUGGAAUAUCAAGGUACAUUUUCGUAACUACCCAGCGGCGCAUUUGUUUCGAGACCAGUCAGCGGCUACAGCGCAAGAUUUUUUCAUGUCCAUGAUCAAAGAGGCAGAUUUUCUACGGUACGGUAGUACUAAACGAGUAAUGAACCUCUCAAAAAGCGACCAAACUCAACUUUGGGAAAGUCUCUGCUCAAAUGACUUUGAUUCCUUUUGGAAAGUCAAUCAGCGUUUAAUACCAGUCGAUGAUCAAGUCGUACGUCAUAUUCCAUUGCGACUGUAUUUACCGGACGACUGCCCUGUUAUUCAAGAUCGCGUAUCCCCUCGCACGGAAGAUGGUGAAGAGCUGACCAUGGAGCAGAUCAUACGAGAACUUUUGCCAACGCUCGAUACAAGCAAGAGUAAAGCGGUCUGCCAUGGAGUGAUCGUCCCCUUUGAUACACCGAUCAUUUGGGCGUCAAGAAAUUUAGCAUAUCCAGAUAAUUUUUUGCAUAUUGCACUUUUCUAAAAAUACAGACAUGGUUGAUUUUUGAAAGCAGAGCCCGCCAGAGGAGGGUAUGCAUAAUGUACAUUCUAUUGACUAUAUGACAGAGGAAAAAAUGAGAGAAAUGCAGGUUCGCCUAGA